AAACUUGAGUUGACUCCAGAAUCCUUCUGUAUCACUUUCGCUACCCAGGGAUCACGAGUAAAGCAUCUGCUGGGAUUCGAAAGUCUGGAUUCCGAGAGCUCGAGUCCGGUGAUGAAGACGUGAAGUUCAUAGAACUUCGAAGGCUAAUGUGUCAGGCCUAGCUAGACCUGCACUUGGAAGGACAGGCAGGGAGGCUUCGGAAUGCAGACGAGGAUCUUCUUCAAGGCCGCUUCCUUCUAGCCCAAGCCGGAAGACUCCGUAGUACUGUCCACGGAGUCGAGGAUCCGAAGGGAAUGCUGGCGCUGGAAUUGACGCAGAUAGCCUGGUGGCAAUGUAGCGGAAGUAGUGUAAACUGCAUUUGGAAAGCCUGACAGCUCGAGGGGAGCACAGAAUCCAAGCUGCUUCCUAUUUUGAUUGCACAUCAAGCACGUCAGAAGUGGCGUUUUCAAAUUGAGAAGUUCGUGUCCACGAUAAUGGACAAGAGUUAGUUAGUGCUGGCUGAGAAGGGCUCCUUUCCUCUGCAGAGCCACAAUUCUCUGUCUUCUCUUAUCUGUAUUUGCAAUCGAUCAUAUUUUCUUACUGCUGUAUAGUUUUCUGGACUAUUUUUGGAUUUAUCGAUAGUCUGAUAACAACAAACUUGAGUAAAAGCAAUAGCUUGUGUGAUCCAUAUAUGAUAAAUCCAUAAAAUCAGCCUUUUCCACAGAUGUUUGUAGAUAUGCCUACAAUCUCCAGAAGAAUAGCGUUAGGAUCAUCAUUUACCGAGUAGAUUCUUGACGAGUUAAUUUUUUCAAUAGGAGUGCAUUGAGCAGCCACAAAGUUAGUGCAUUCUUCCCGAUCAACCAUUCAUUCAUUCAUAAAAUCCAUGUACUCAUUCAUUUCAGCUAGCUAGCUUAGCAAGAGAAAAUACCUGAUCUUUUGGCAUUUUACUAGCAGCGGGGAGGUGCAGAAACUCUUGGAAUCAUGAGCUCCGUUUCAGGUUCCGAUCAGGAACAAGGUCAGAGGCCAGAUUUUCAAGAAAACAGUGUGAGAGCAAAAGAUCGUCAGCGUGCAGCAGUUUGUUGUGGUGCAGUGUACCAGGAGUUGGAAGUCGCCAAGAGUAACAUUUUCGCGAGGUACAACGAUCUCAACUUUGGAAAGGUCAUUCUGGGGCCAGCGUUAUCGAAGCAAAAGCCUCGCAUUUUGAUAGCGACGGCUUAUGAUUUUGUCAAAGGAGUCAAUGUUCUUACGAAAUAUGUCGCGUUCAAGGGAAGCAGUGCUCUGGAAACACUCUUUGACAUCGCGGAUUCACAACUUCAAUGCCCUGAAACUCGUGCUACCAUGAAGGGUCACAUACACAAUGGUUAUUUCAACACGUUGAAGGAUGAUCUUCCAGGUCCAGUUGAGCUCAUGGCAUUCUGUGCCAAUUUGGGUCCCAGUUCGCAGACUUCCGACCGUGAAGAUCGCACGAUCUUCUGCGGACAUGGUAUAGGAGGGGCCCUGUCUCAUGUAGCCAUGCUCAGCUUACUGUUCUCUCUUUUCGGCAACGAUCCUAAGGAGGUGAAGAAUUUUUCCCACGAGAACUUUCUGUCCAUAGCCUUCGGAGCUCCUCUUUUCUUAGAUGAAGAAGCUCGAGAUUUCUUCUCAGAUAGUGGACAAAUGCCCGUUGAAAGCAGGUUCUUCAACUACAUCAAUGAAGAGGAUCCUGUUCCUUUGAUGCUUUGGAAGCUCGGGGCAUAUCCAUCUGAUCCAGCAUUGCACAAAAAGCUGAAUUCAAAAUUGCAAACCAUCUUGGUUGAAUCUGGAGGUGAGUGUUUCCCAGAGAGCUCGGGACGGAGUCGGAAGAAGUUAACCAUGCCUCCUGCUCUGAGGGUAGAAGAUGCACACACCGAAUUGAAGCGCCUGAGAUCAAUUCAGUGGCCACGCGGCAGAGGAUAUGCUGCAUUCGGGAUUUAUGCUGCUUUCACGACGGUCUCUGCAACGCAACCGAAUCCAAAACCCAAAUAUUUAGACAAUUACACCCUGAGUUGGACACAAGAUGGCUUUAAGAACCACGCGAUGACCUACUACGUGGUGAAUGUUCUGAGACAUCUAUUGCAAUAUUCCGGAGUUCCAGUACCGAAUGUUGCAGAAGGCUUACCUCCGAAGGUGGAUGAAGCUUUUCUCACGAUCAUAUCGGGUCAGCAACGAGGAGACGUGAACAGUGCUAAGCUGGAGGUCGUGGGGUACAAUCUUGGCCUGUGCCUGAGGAAGAAAUGUGCAGUGUCAGAUUUCCUGGAGAAAUGGGAGAUUACAAGAGUGGAGCAGAACAGCAUCGUGUUUCGGAACAAGGUCAAGCUCACUCCUGGCGAGGUGAGCGUGCUGACGAGCAACCAGACCACAGUCAAUGUGAAGGUCGAGACCAUGUUCGGCGAGACUGAAUGGCAUCAAGUUAUUCGGAAGGCCUCGGGCACAGGAAGCCAUGUCAUAAACGAGCUCAAGCAUGUCAUCGGAAAGAUAGUCAUUCUCGAUAGUGUACAAGAGACAUCAGCCUAUAGUUCUUCAAAGGAAAGGAUCAGGGUCCUGAAGCAGCAUCUGAAAAUGGCAGCAGAAUUCACAGGACGUACAGAGACGCAAGAUGCACUGCAGCAAUUCACUUCUGGCUUAGAUAAUCUCAAAAAGUCGGUCUUCGAUCGACGAAAAGAAGCAGACCCUUUCAUAGAUAGCGUUUCUAAUUAUCUCAAUCAAACCACUUUGUCGAUCAAACUCCCCCCGCUCAUUGGGACCAGUGAGAAACGCCAGCGCUUCUUCAGACGGGGCCUUGGUGGCUUGUCAGUCGGCUUGUUCAGCGUCGGGGUGACUCUGUACGUGGCCUUGGCUGUCAUUGUCAGUGUUUCCACCAUGGGCAUCGCCAUUCCCCUGGCGGCUGGAGGUUUCGUAGUCGGCGUGGCUGCUUUCAUCCUCUCGUACAGGAAGGAAAUCAAGCUGGAAUACUACGACCAGAUUGUGAAGUUCAUCUACGCCUCGUUGAGUCCAGAGCAAGCAUUGCUGCCCGGGGACAAGAACGUGGCGGACUAUGAGAGGGAGAUUGUGAAGAAGGCCCGAGCCUGUGAUUCGGACGGGAAAUGCGUCGAUCCUUUUAAGUGGAUACACAAGCUUGAGCACGAGCUCAAAGACCAAGACCCCGAGACAAGAAAAAACGUCAUGGGCUUCGUGAAACUGAUGCUGGAGAUCGACACUGCACACAAAGUUGCCAAGGAAGAGAAGGUGCUGGCCGUCGUUGGGCCUGAGAAUGUGGGCAAGAGUACACUGAUCAACAUUCUGAGGAAUGGAGCUCCGAAUAGGAAUUUGGGGGACGACACGGAUGAUGACGAGGACGAAUCUGGGGAAGCCGGUGCAGCCUCGACCGGGUACACGACCCACACCGAUGAUCCGAAAGGCUACCGAGUGAGCGCCCUGGGGAAUUUGGUGGCGGUGGACUUCCCCGGCAUGGGCGCUGCGCACGAUCGCAAACGUCUGUCCACCAUGUGGGAGGCUUUUGAGCAGCUGCCGGAUCUGUGCCUGGUUCUCAUGAGAUUCAACGGAGACGUGACAGCAGACUGUGCAGAUGUGCCCAAGGAGGUGCGCAAGAAAUUGUGUGACAGGAUAGUGCUGGUGGUGAAUCACGUGGACGGCAUCAUGAAGGGAGUUAAGGGCGCCAAAAUCUGGAAAGAGUAUCCACCGGAGAAGAUGGAGGCAUUGCGUCAGGGGUUCAUGAAAAACUCCGACAACAUGCUCGACAGCGUCAUGCUCACGUCUCUGAGACGUGUUGGAGACCUGUUCCCAGAAGAGAUAGAUAUGCUGCGUAAGCGAGGGAUCAUGCUCCGCCCAGAGCUCCUCGACCAUAUUCGGUUUCUGGUUCUCAGAAGCGCUAGCUCUUAGCAUUCUACAGAAUUCUUCCUCCCUGCGCGAUUAGAUACCGAGUUAUGUGAUUUUGAGAAGCUCCUUCGGCAGGAUUUGCCGAGAGUCUCCUCGGCUGGUGACCUGCCUGCUGGAAGAUUUGGACUCAAAGCCACAACCGCUGUAUCACUGGAGGGAACCAGGAGUCUACACUCUCACAGCUCCACAAUCGUCUGCUCGGCUCCUUGCCCCUUCUGUAGAUAUUCAUGUACUGUACAUCAAAAUCGAUAAAAUUGUACAAGAUCCGUCUAUCUCUGGAAACCUCUACGGUCGUCUUUGUCUUUCUCAUCUGUCGCCAUUGACG